AUGAGAACUCCAGUGGUAAACCGACGGACUGCUCAGGUUGAAACAAUCCCAGAAAUUGAAGAAACUGUCCAACAAGAAUGUGCUCCUCCUCUUCCUGCUGAGAAAAUAUACGUUGCCGUUGGAAAAGACUUGUCUGAGAGCGCCUCUGCUCUCAAAUGGAAGCUGCAAAAUUUGGAUAAAAGGGAAGAAACCCUAAUAAUUCUCCUUCAUAUUCGUCUUGCACUUCGCUACUUUCCAUCGCCUAUGGGGAAAAUUCCAUUGAACCAAGUGAGCAAGGAUGUCUUAAAAGCUUACAAAAAGGAUGAAGAAAAGGAGCUCGACAGUUGCAUGAAUAAAUACUUGGAUAUGUGUACCAGAGCCAAGGUCAAAGCUGAGUGUUUAAUUAUUGAGAAGGAGGAGGUUUCCAAAGGGAUUGUCGAAGUGGUUUCAGAGCGAGGUAUCACGAAACUUGUCAUGGGAACAUCUUCAGCAGGCGGUGCCAUUUCUAAGAAAAUGAAGAUGCAACAGUCGGGGAAAGCGUACUACGUUCAAAGGCAUGCGGGAGAGUCGUGCGACGUUUCCGUUGUAUGCAAGGGAAAGCUCGUGCUAUUCAGUGAAGGAUCUCCUGGUCAGUACACUUUCAUAUUUGCAAGUCGGAAAUCAAAGAGCAGCAGAAGUCCUUUGCCUGAUUGGCUGUGGAAACGAAACGAAGCAUCCAUUGAUAAACCUUCUCCAAAUGAUUUUAGCCGAUCUGCUUCAUCGCCUGCAAACUUCGGAUCGGAUCUUAACAACAGUAAUCAAACUCCGCCAAAUUUUCAGCGAGAUGCUAUGGCUGCUGAGACCGAAAAAGUGGACGAUUUGGAAAUAACAGCCCUGAUUGAUGAAGUUUGUUCGGAAUUGGAAGCGGCAGACAGGCUACGAAUAGAUGUUGAUCAAAUUUACGAUGUGGAGCAUGAGCCUGCAGAAUCUCGACAGGAAGCGAAUACAGAUGCCGAAGUCCUGAAACUUCAGCUUACAAAGGCAUUGGAAGCGGUCGAGAAUGCCAAUAAGGAACUACAAAGUGAGAGCGUGAGACGUAAGAAAGCAGAAGCGGCUGCAAUAAUAUCAAUUCGCAAGUACCAAAAUCUGGAAGCCGCCUACAAAGAUAUAGCCAAAGAGAAAGACGAGGCGGUCUCGCGUUUAAAGCUUUAUGAACAGAAAUGCCAAGAUCUUACAAGGCGACGAAUAGAAGUCGAAGAAGAAGUUCAAAAAAUGGUGGAGAAGAUGACAUCGCUAAGAGCAGAUGUGGAUGAAUACUCCCGUGAGCGGCAGGAAGCCAUGCAGGAGGUCGAAUCAACAAGGCAAAAGCUCGCCGACGUCGAGGAGCAAAACAACAGAAUUUUACAGCAGAGGGACGCUGAAAUUCUACACCUUCAGAAUUGCUUGAUUAGAAUGCCGCCCGUUGAAAGCCCGAUAUCCUCGUCGUCCUCUAAUAACCUUGAAUUCCGGGAAUACUCUUUUGACGACAUUAAAGCAGCAACCUGCAAUUUCUCCGCCAAUUUCAAACUUGGAGAAGGCGGCUAUGGCGAUGUGUACAGAGGCAAAAUAAAACAAACAGCGGUUGCUGUCAAAAUCCUCAGGGAGAACGGUUUGCAGGGUCGGCAGGAGUUCCAAAGCGAGAUCGAUAUUUUCAAGGACAUCCAGCAUCCGCAUUUGGUACGAAUUGUGGGAGCCUGUUCUGAGCGAGGUUGUAUAAUAUACGAAUAUAUGUCGAACGGAUGCCUUGAAGAUCAUCUCAGCUGCAAAGGCUCUUCUCCGCCCCUCCCUUGGUACGCCAGAUUUCGUAUCGCCGACGAAGUAUGCUCCGCUUUGCAGUACCUGCACAGUUUUAUGCCGGAUCCUAUCGUGCACCGCGAUCUGAAACCCCAAAAUAUACUCCUUGAUGAGAAUUAUGUAAGCAAAAUAAGCGACUUCGGCCUAUCUCGUCUUCUGUCAAAAGAUCUACACUCAGAAUCAGAACCAAAAGGCACGUUUUCAUACAUGGAUCCAGAAUACCUAACAAACGGUGAAUACACUACCAAAUCUGAUGUUUACAGCCUCGGAAUUGUCAUUCUUCAGCUUCUCACCGGAAAACCGGCACUAGGAAUCGUCAAAGAGGUGGAACGUGCCUUACAAAGUUCAAACUUUGACAAAAUUUUGGAUCCUUCAGCCGGGGAUUGGCCAUUUGUGCAUGCUAAUCAACUAGCUUAUCUUGCCUUACACUGCACGCAUCCGGAGAGAAAUAAGAGGCCCGACCUUCAACCGACUGUGAUGAAAAUGCUGAAUCAGCUUCGUAACAUGUUCCCUGAAACAAAUCUUGGCAGGCCCGUUGAAAGUGGGCAAAAGUCGGGGAAAGCGACUGAGGAAAUUCAUGUUCCUAGCUUCUUCCUCUGUCCAGUCUUCAAGGAGAUUAUGCACGAUCCUUAUGUUGCUGCAGAUGGGUUUACAUACGAGAAAGAGGCAAUCCAAGGAUGGUUUGAUUGUGGACGUGACACAUCUCCCAUGACAAAUGAAAAACUUGGGAGUAAGAAUCUGAUCGCAAACUUUUCUCUGAGAUCAGCCAUUCGACAUUGGCAAGAAAGAGAUAAAUUCAGGAAACAUAGUAGGAUGUUAGAGGAGUGGGUUAAUAAAAUGAAGUCAGAGGCAUCAGACUUCAUUAAAAAGCCCAAGGAUGUUCAUACGAAACUUGAUGUACAGGAACUAGAAAUUGCUAUAGAAUUGAAGAAUGCCAAAGAACAAGAAAUAUCUUGGCAGGAUACUUUGAAAGAAUUUCAAAGAAUAGCUAAAACAAAUAUGGAUGUACUCAUUUCUGAAAAAGUCUUCUCUCGUAAAGAAGAAAAUUAA